ACUUCUCUGUCGAAGCGACCGUAGAUUUAUAGACCGACCACGAGGAGACAGAAAAACGCCAUGGCUCCGAACGGUCACGCUGACCCUAAGAAAUGGGUCCAACAGCGUCCUCUUAUAAUUCAGCUAGGGAACGUUAGAUUUUCUGUACCCGUAGAUGCGAGUGGCAAAGAGUGGAUUGCCGCCGAAGUUUUGCGCGAGGAGUUCUUGCACUCGCAGAAGGAUAUAGACGCGGUGGAAACCACCAGCGAACUAGAGAAUGCCACUGAGGCAACCAUCGAGCUUUUUGCUCGCUUCUUAGGAUUUGUCGCAGACAACCUAAAAGUCGAGCAGAAUUUUGCCGACGCGCGUUGCGCAGUGCUUGCCUCUGCGUUCGAGACCUUCACACAUGCAUAUCUGUCGACCAGAGAUGUGCAUUCACUGACCGCGACCUUCGACACUGACGCACGCAAGACCGUACUUUCUUCAUAUUACCGCGCACUCGCCGCUCUCGAGGCCGAAAAUGUAGCAGAUGUUCCGCGGGGUCCGGCUUCGGCUCUUCUUACUGCGAUUGAAAAAGGCGAGGCAUCGGCGUUCGCUUUGUUUGGUGGGCAGGGCACCAAUGAAGUUUAUUUUGACGAACUCCAAGCACUUUACGACAUCUAUAAACCAUACGUCGAACCCUUUAUUACUGCACUCACUAUUAAUGUUCUGCAACCGCUUGCAACGUCAUCGACGUCCUCGUUUUACGUAUAUGGUCUUGAUGUUAUUUCUUGGCUCUCUGGUGCUCUUCCGCGCCCACCAACCGAAUAUUUUGCUUCGGUUCCAGUGUCAUUCCCACUCAUUGGUCUUACUCAACUCACGCAGUACUUUGUUACUUGCCGUGUUGCAAACCUUACGCCAGGCGAACUUCGUGAACGUCUCCAUGGUGCUACAGGCCAUUCGCAAGGAAUAGUCUCAGCCGUUUGUAUUGCUGCCUCGGAUGGCACUCAGAGCUUCGUCGAAAACGCUGCGAAAGCGUUGCGCUGGCUAUUCUUCAGUGGCUUACGCGGACAGGAAGCAUUCCCCGUGCUUGCCUUAGAGCCUGGAAUUGUAAGCGAUGCUAUUGAAGGUGGUGAAGGCGCCCCGUCCCCUAUGCUAAGUGUCUCUGGUCUUGCGCUUAAAGACCUUGAGCCGCACAUUAGCACGACCAAUAAACACCUUCCUGCGAACUCCCAGCUGUUCGUCUCGCUCCACAAUGGACCGAAGACCUUCGUGAUCACGGGGCCGGCGAAGGCGUUAUACGGUCUCGUUACUAGUCUUAGGAAGGUUCGGGCUCCACCAGGUUCGGAUCAGAGCAAAACGCCAUUCUCUCAGCGGAAGCCAGUCUUUUCGGCACGCUUCCUCACAGUUGGUGUUCCUUACCACAGUGACUACUUGAAGGGAACGACCGACAAGGUUGUGGAGGAUUUGAAUGGAGAGGAACUCUGGACAUCGACAGAAAUCGCCAUACCUGUCUACCAUACGGAGAGCGGUUCGGACUUGCGCAGUCUGACGACAUCUGUCGUACGUUCGCUUUGCGAUCAGAUCUUCACGCAACCUAUCCACUGGACUCUUGCAACGAACUUCCCAGAAUCUGCAACGCAUGCAAUCGAUUUUGGCCCUGGCGGUCUGAGUGGAAUCGGUCCGCUCACCGCUCGAAACCUUGAAGGGCGCGGUGUUCGAGUCGUGGUCGUCGGUGAGAAAGGCAAGGGUGGUUCCGAGGUUUACGACUCGACUAGUGUAAAAUACGAGCAGUGGUGGGCAAAGAAAUGGGCACCUGCCCUCUUAAAGACCAGUGAUGGCAAGUUAUAUAUCGACACGCCAUUCUCUCGGCUUUUGGGUAAGCCACCGAUUAUGGUUGCUGGGAUGACACCAUCGACUGUGAAAGCCGGCUUUGUAAGCGCAGUUCUUCGCGCAGGUUACCACGUUGAACUUGCUGGAGGCGGUCAUUAUAAUGCUAGUGCCUUGCGUGCAAAGGUUGCAGAGAUUCAGGCGCAGAUUCCUGAGGGCGUCGGGCUGACUCUUAAUUCACUGUACAUCAAUCCGCGUCAAUUUGGAUUCCAGUUCCCGUUAUGGCAGGAGAUGCGUCGGGAAGGUCUUCCCGUUGAAGGUUUCUGCGUUGCUGCUGGCAUUCCAACCACCGAGAAGGCAGCAGAGAUUAUUGGAGCUUUGAAGGCCGCCGGUAUCAAACACGUUGCGUUCAAACCUGGUUCCAUCGACGGAAUCCGUCAAGUCGUCAAUAUCGCAGCCUCCAAUCCAGGCUUCCCUAUAAUCAUGCAAUGGACUGGUGGACGUGCAGGAGGUCACCAUUCUUGCGAGGAUUUCCACCAACCUAUUCUCGUGACAUACGCUUCAAUCCGUCAGCAACAAAAUAUCUGUUUGAUUGCUGGUUCUGGUUUCGGUGGUGCGGAUGACGUCUGGCCGUAUCUUACUGGAGAUUGGUCUGAGGAUCUAUUUGGCGUCCAGAAGAUGCCUUUCGACGGAUUCCUGUUUGCCUCGCGCGUCAUGGUGGCAAAAGAAGCGCAUACAUCGUCAAGUGUAAAGGAUCUCAUUGUUAAAGCUUCUGGUGUAUUGGACAGCCAAUGGGAAGGCACGUACACGAAAGAAACAGGAGGAAUUCUUACUGUACGGUCGGAACUUGGAGAACCCAUCCAUAAGAUCGCUACUCGCGGUGUUAAGUUGUGGAAGGAGUUUGAUGAUACAGUCUUUAAACUGCCAAAAGAGAAACGUGCAGAGUGGCUUGCGCAGCAUCGCGCAGAGGUCGUUGAGAAGUUGAACCGUGACUUUGCGAAGCCUUGGUUCGGAUGGAAGAAGGAUGGACGUGUUGCCUCAGACAUUGGCGAUAUGACUUACGAAGAGUCGGUGUUGAGAAUGGUGCGCUUGAUGUAUGUUGCACAUGAGGGCCGAUGGGUCGAUAUUUCGCUUCGUAACCUCACAGGAGACUGGCUUCGCCGAAUCGAGGAGCGUUUCGCUGGUGUAAAAAAAGCGUCCAUACUUCAGUCCUAUUCAUCCUUGGACGAUCCUGCUACGUUCGUUGAAAGCUUCUUUGAGACCUACGCGGAAGCUACGCAGCAACUUCUGGCGGCUGAAGAUAAAGCAUAUUUCUUGGCUAUUGCCCAACGUCCGGGCCAAAAACCUGUGCCUUUCAUUCCUGUGCUUGACGCGAACUUUGAGGUCUGGUUUAAGAAGGACUCACUCUGGGCGGCAGAAGACAUUGAAGCCGUGUUUGAUCAAGACCCACAGCGCGUUUGCAUUUUGCAAGGUCCAGUUGCUGUGAAGCACUCCAAGGUCAAGGAUGAACCGAUUGCAGAUCUCCUAGGAAAUAUCACCUCCAUGUUGUCGAACAAGCUCUUGGAAAGAUAUUACAGCGGUGACGAAUCGAAGGUUCCUACCAUUGCCUACCUUAGCAAUGUUCCGACACGGAAGGUCGACGCCAUUGGUGCAGAAAGUAAGACAACUGGAGACGAGACUAUAUACAGAAUUGGUUCGAUAGUGCCAUCGACUGUGGAAUGGCUUGAGGCGCUCUCUGGAACGGAACUAUCAUGGCUCCGCGCUCUUCUCAGGACACCCUUCGUCGUCCAAGGUACCUCGUAUGUCGACAACCCAAUCAGUCGGCUUUUCGCACCGCGUGCAAAUCAGAAGGUCCUUGUCAAGUCCGCAGGCGACUCACCUGUAUCAGUUACACUUUACGGUUCCGCGCGGUCGCAUGGUAUUCAUGAACCAGACUUCAAAGCAGUCGAGGUCACCUACGAUUCGGCAGCGAAGGCGAUUAAUGUCACCAUGUUCGAGGAUCGUCGUGACGUUGCAGUGCCGCUCAGGUUAAUUUUCAACUACCGACCAGACAUGGGCUUCGCACCUAUCCAUGAAGUCGUUGAUGGACGGAACCAGCGCAUUAAGGAGUUCUACUGGAAGUUAUGGUUUGGUGACGAGAGCAGUCUUCCGGCCAUCGACGUACACGAGACGUUCAAGGGACCAGAGGUCGAAAUUACGUCUGAACAUGUCGAGAAGUUCUGUUCCGUGGUUGGUAACGACGGGGAAGCAUUCAAGACUGUCCGCAGUGAGGAGGUUCAAGCGCCGAUGGACUUCGCCAUUGUGACUGGAUGGCAGGCAAUUAUGAAAGCUAUUUUCCCUGAAUCAAUCGACGGUGAUCUAUUGAAACUCGUUCACCUCUCUAAUGGCUUCCGCAUGCUGGCAGGCAGCAAACCGCUCAAGGUCGGCGAUAUUUGCCAAGCCGAGGCGCGGGUUGUCUCGGUCAUUAAUAAUGAUAGCGGAAAGGUGGUCAAAGUAAAAGGACACGUGCUUCGCGAUGGAACGCCUGUCAUCGAGGUUAUCUCGUCCUUCCUUUACCGUGGUCGAUUCGCCGACUUCGCUAACACGUUCGAGAUCGUCGAUGAGCCGGAUUACGUCGUUAAAUUGACGUCUGAAUCAGCUGUUGGGGUAUUGCAGUCAAAAGAGUGGUUCGAAUGGGAAGAUGACUCGAAGCCUCUCAAGGCUGGCACCUCCCUUAUCUUCCGUUUGAAGUCCGAGGUCUCGUACAAAGACAAGACGCAUUAUUCUUCAGUAUCGGUCUUUGGUGAUAUUUUCGUGCGCGAUCCUCUUAAGAACCUAGUCAAAGUUGCUGCCGUAGACUUUUCCUCAGACGACUGCCAAGGCAAUCCCGUCGUAGCUUAUCUGAAGCGGCAUGGAACCGAACCGAACGUAACGGCCCCACUGUCAAACAGUGGCUAUAGCCUGACGAAUGCCAACGUGCCUACCACGUUCUCCGCACCUCUUACGAAUGAGCCAUAUUCCAAGGUCUCUGGCGACUUCAACCCGAUCCAUGUGAAUCCUUAUUUCUCGGAUUUCGCGUCGCUACCUGGCACGAUCACCCAUGGUCUCUGGUCAAGUGCAGCAACACGUCGAUAUGUUGAGAAUGUCGCUGCAAAGGGUCGUCCGGAUCGUGUCCUCUCUUAUGAUGUGGCCUUCAUCGGUAUGGUAUUGCCCGGGGAUGAGCUAAAUGUUGAUAUCAAGCAUGUUGGCAUGAAAAACGGCAAUAUGGUUGUGAAGAUCACGACGUCGAAAUCAUCUGGCGAGAAGGUCCUUGAAGGUUCCGCUGAGGUUGCACAGCCGACCACUGCAUACGUGUUUACCGGACAGGGCUCGCAAGAGCCGGGCAUGGGCAUGGAACUUUACAACAAUUCGCCAGCUGCUCGUGCCGUUUGGGAUGGCGCUGAUAAACACUUGCUCGCUGUUUAUGGCUUCUCCAUCGUUGACAUUGUCAAGAACAAUCCGAAUGAGAAGACCAUUCAUUUCGGCGGUAUCAAGGGCCAAGAGAUCCGACAGCGUUACAUGGACAUGGCAUACGACACCAUGGACAAGGACGGCAGUAUCAAAACCCUGCCUCUUUUUGCGGACAUCAACAACCGUACUCCACAGUACACUUUCAGCCACCCAUCUGGUCUGCUGUUUGCAACUCAGUUCGCGCAGAUUGCUCUCGUCGUGACGGAAAAGGCGGCGUUCGAGGAUAUGCGCUCGAAAGGGCUCGUUCAACCAGACAGUGGCUUCGCCGGACACUCCCUCGGCGAGUACUCGGCACUCGCAUCGAUCGCUGAUGUCCUUCCGAUCUCCGCACUUGUGGAUGUUGUAUUCUACCGUGGUAUCACGAUGCAACGUGCGGUAGAGCGUGACGAGCACAACCGUUCAAAUUACGCUAUGUGCGCGGUAAAUCCGAGUCGCAUAUCAAAGACCUUUAAUGAUGCAGCACUUCGUGAGGUGGUUGACUCAAUCGCGCAUCGGACGGAGCUGCUUUUGGAAAUUGUCAAUUACAACGUCGAGGGCCAACAAUAUGUCUGCGCCGGAGAGUUAGUCGCGCUUCAGACGCUCACGAACGUCUUGAAUUAUCUGAAGGUAGAGAAAGUCGACAUCGCGAAGCUUACUGAGAAGUUCACUGUCGACCAAGUGAAAGAAAUGCUCGGGGAGAUCAUCAAGUCCUGCUUCCAGAAGGCUCAAGAACAGAAGGCAGCACAAGGACACAUUAAGCUCGAGAGGGGCUUCGCUACCAUUCCCCUUCCCGGUAUCGAUGUACCAUUCCAUUCCCGUUACCUGUGGGCUGGAGUCAUGCCGUUCCGUGCAUAUCUCUCGAAGAAGAUCAACGUUGCGUUGAUCAAUCCGGAUAUGCUCAUUGGCAAAUAUGUUCCUAAUCUAGUUGCAAAACCAUUUGAGGUUUCUCGCGAGUACGCCCAGAUGAUCUAUGACCAGACAUCUUCUCCGCGCCUAGACAAGAUACUCAAAAACUGGGAAAGGGACAACUGGGCCGACGAUGAGCAUCGUCAGCGUCUCGCAUACACGAUUCUCGUCGAGCUACUAGCAUACCAGUUCGCAUCCCCCGUGCGUUGGAUUGAAACGCAGGAUGUCCUUUUCACGCAUUUCAACUUCGAGCGUUUCAUUGAAAUCGGCCCGAGCCCCACGCUUACCGGUAUGGCCGUUCGUACCCUCAAGGCGAAAUACGAAACGCAGGACGACUCAAUUAGUCACGCCCGUGCUAUUCUUUGCCACUCAAAGAACACGAAGGAGAUCUACUAUGAGUUCGAAGACGAAGUCGCAGAAGCACUUGUGGAGCCAUCCGAAUCAGCCGCGCCUGCGGUCACCACAGCUCCUACUCUCGCAGCGGCGCCUGCCGCCGCUCCGGCACCAUCUGCUGUGCCCGCGGCUAGUAUCGCAGACGAGCCGCUAAAGGCUAUCGAUACGCUUCGCGUCAUUAUCGCCCAGAAGUUGAAGAAGAACAUCGACGAAGUGUCAUUGUCCAAGUCAAUUAAGGACCUCGUCGGUGGUAAAUCGACUUUACAAAACGAGAUUCUUGGUGACCUACAGCUAGAGUUUACUUCUGCACCUGAGAAGGGUGAAGAGCUUCCCCUUGAAGAACUUGGUUCAGCAAUGCAAUCAGGUUAUUCUGGUAUGCCUGGUAAACACACUUCAGGCCUUAUUUCUCGCCUUGUUGGAGGCAAGAUGCCUGGUGGCUUUAACCUUUCUGCUGUCAAGGCGCAUUUGUCAAAGGCAUGGGGUUUGGGUCCUGCACGGGCAGACGGCGUAUUGCUCCUUGGCCUGACCAUGGAGCCAGCAAAGCGUCUAGGUUCCGAGGCGGAGGCGAAGGCUUGGUUGGAUUCCAUUGUCCCAAUAUAUGCGGCACGUUCUGGCGUGACGCUCUCGCAAGGCGGUGGGGCUGCUGCUGGUGGAGGUGGAGGCGGCGCUGUAAUCAAUAGCGAGGAAUUCUUGAAGUUUAAGGCGGACCAAGACAAGUUCGUUUCUCAGCAGAUAGAGCUUUACAUGCGUCACCUUGGUCGUGAUUCACGUGCUGGGGAGAUCGCUCACGACAAGGAAAAGGCGAAUGCAGCGGAGUUGCAGGCACGCCUCGACUCUAUCAUCCGCGAACACGGAGAUCUGUACCUUGAUGGUAUUCAACCAGCAUUUGAUCCACUCAAAGCCCGUCACUUCGAUUCUUCUUGGAACUGGGUCCGUCAAGAUGCAUUGCUCAUGUUCUACGACAUCAUCUUCGGCCGAUUGACCGCUGUUGAUCGUGAAAUUACAGCAAGGUGCAUACAAAUUAUAAACCGAGCUGAUCCGAGCAUGCUACGCUACAUGCAGUAUCAUAUUGACAAGGUCGAUGCGAGUCGUGGGCCGACUUACAAACUCGCUCAGCAGCUCGGCCAGCAGCUUAUUGACAACUGUAAGCAAGCUCUCAACAAUGGCCCUCUGUACAAAGAUGUAACUUUCCCAACUGCUCCACAUACUGAGAUCACUAAGCGUGGCGAUAUUGUCUACACCGAGGUUGUACGGGAGAACGUACGAAAGUUGGAGGCGUAUGUCGAGGAGAUGGCCAGUGGCGAUUCGGUCCCUGGUACCUUCAACAUGCAGAAAAUUCAAGAGGACGUCCUCAGAUUGUGGAACGUCGUGAAGUCUCAACCCGAGAUUGGUGAAGAGCAGAAGAGCAAGAUUAAGGCACUAUACGAUGGUGUCGUCCGGUCUCUGCGGAAAGGCUCCGAGGACAAUCUCUCUGACACUCGUCGCGCUCCUCGUAGUCGUCGAUCGUCUUCGCAAUUCCUCCGCCCCGAAGUCCAGAACAUUACCUCUAUCACGGCCGACAAAAUACCGCUACUUCAUUUGAAACGUCGUGUUGGAACGACUUGGGAGUACAGCAGUAACUUGACUGGUGUUUAUCUCGACGUUCUUGGCGAGAUUGCGACAUCCGGUACAACCUUCAAAGAUAAGAACGCCCUGCUAACAGGCGUAGGAAAAGGUUCAAUCGGUGUUGAGAUCCUCAAAGGACUCCUUUCAGGUGGUGCUCAUGUUGUAGUCACGACCUCGCGAUACAGUCGUGCAACGGUUGAGUACUACCAGGACAUUUAUCAACGUUUCGGUAGCCGAGGCUCUGCUCUCACAGUCGUCCCCUUCAACCAGGGCUCGAAGCAGGAUGUGGAGACCCUUGUUGACUACGUGUAUGCAACGCUUGGUCUUGACCUUGAUUACAUACUUCCUUUCGCUGCUGUACCAGAGAACGGCCGUGAGAUUGACGGCUUGGAUGACAAGUCAGAGCUCGCACAUCGUAUUAUGUUGGUGAACCUCUUGCGCUUACUUGGUGCAGUCAAGACGAAGAAGGCGAGCCGACACUUUGUGACGCGUCCCACGCAGGUUAUCCUCCCGCUCUCCCCUAAUCAUGGUCUCUUCGGCAACGAUGGGUUGUACUCCGAAUCGAAGAUUUCUUUAGAAACACUCUUCAAUCGCUGGAAUUCGGAGAGCUGGGGUGAAUAUCUCUGCUUAGCUGGUGCAGUCAUUGGGUGGACCCGCGGAACUGGCCUCAUGGAUGCAACGAAUAUGGUGGCCCACCAGGUCGAGUCUUAUGGCGUCCGGACGUUCUCGGCGAAGGAGAUGGCGUUCAAUAUCCUUGGUCUCAUGCAUCCUCUUCUAUUUAGCAUUACACAGGUUGAACCCAUCUGGGCGGACCUUAAUGGAGGCAUGGACCGCCUGCCUGACUUAGCGGAAAUCACGACGAAUAUCCGUUUGACACUUAAUAAGCAAGCUGAGUUGAGGCGAGCCAUUACACUCGACAACUCGGCCGAUUUCACGACCAUGAAGGGCGGUGAAGCAGAACGCGUACUCCAAACGGUUACUGUUACACCUCGGGCCAACUUCAAAUUCGACUUCCCCACCCUCGAGUCGUCAGAUGCCUUUGGUGAGAUUUCCAAAUUACGGGGACUCAUUGAUCUCGAGAAGGUGGUCGUUGUCACUGGUCACGGCGAAGUUGGCCCUUGGGGAAGCUCGCGUACGCGCUGGGAAAUGGAGGCGAGGGGUCAUUUCACUAUCGAAGGAUGCAUCGAGAUGGCUUGGAUGAUGGGUUACAUCAAGCAUUUCGAUGGUAAGCUUCCAAACGGCUCCCUUUAUGUCGGAUGGGUCGAUAGCAAGAGCGGGGAGCCUGUCGACGACAAGGAUGUCCGUGGCAAGUACGAAAAGGACAUUCUCGCUCAUGCUGGUGUUCGUUUGAUUGAACCCGAAUUGCUCGAUGGAUAUGACCCAAAGAAAAAGACUUUCAAUCAAGAAAUCGAACUUAUCCAUGACUUAGAACCGCUGGAGGUUUCGACGGAAGAGGCCGAGCGCUUCAAGCAUGAGCAUGGCGAGAAAUGCGACAUCUGGCUCGCUGAGGGCGACCAGUGGUUGGUGAAACUCAAGAAAGGAGCCCGCGUCUUUGUGCCGAAAUCGAUCGUGUUCAGCCGCACUGUUGGUGGUCAAAUCCCGACUGGAUGGCAUGCUGGACGCUAUGGUAUCCCUCAAGAUAUCAUUGACCAGGUCGAUCGCUGUACACUUUGGGCGCUUGUUUCCACUGCAGAUGCACUUAAUAUGUCCGGAAUUACGGAUCCCUACGAGCUGUACAAGCAUAUGCACCCUUCAGAAGUAGGUACAUGUAUUGGUGCCGGCAUGGGCGGUGUAGAAUCGCUUCGCAAGAUGUUCCGUGAUCGUCGAGACUCCAUCGAGGUACAGAAUGACGUCCUCCAAGAAACGUUCAUCAAUACAACCGCGGGUUGGAUCAAUUUGUUGCUUCUCUCGUCCAGUGGACCAAUCAAAAUUCCUGUCGGGGCGUGUGCUACUGCUCUGCAAUCAGUUGAGAUCGCUUGCGACACUCUGCUAUCCGGUAAAGCGAAGGUUAUGCUUGCUGGGGGUUAUGAUGACUUAAGCGAAGAGGGCUCGUUCGAAUUCGCGCAGAUGAAGGCGACAAGCAAUGCUGAGACAGAGUUUGCCAUGGGUCGCGAACCGACGGAGAUGUCAAGGCCAACAACAACUACUCGUUCGGGCUUCAUGGAGUCAAUGGGCUCUGGUGUUCACGUUCUCAUGACGGCCAAGACUGCUCUCGAACUAGGUUCCCCCAUCCGAGCUGUGAUAGGAUUCACUUCGACCUCGACUGACAAAGCAGGCAGGUCCGUUCCUGCACCUGGCAGAGGCGCGCUCUCAAUUGCCCGGGAGGUUUCUGCGAAGCAUAGUUCACCGAUCCUCGAUAUUGCCUAUCGUUCGCGGCAACUCGCCUUCCGGAGAAAGCAGAUCUCGCAGUGGCUCAGUAACGAACAUGAACAACUCCGCGAGGAGGUCGAGCUACGCAAGACACAAGGCGAGCAGGUUGACGAGGAGUACAUAUCAUCCCGAGUUGCUCAGAUUGAAAGCGAUGCUGCUCGUCAAGAGAAAGAUGCAUUAGCAGUGUAUGGUAUGCUUUCCGGGUCGGAUCCUCACAUCUCUCCACUUCGUCGUGCUCUGGCCGUCUUCGGUCUCACUCCAGACGACAUCAACGUCCUGUCCAUUCACGGAACGAGCACCAAGGCGAACGAAAAGAACGAAACUCAAAUCUGGAAUGAUAUAUUCUCCACACUCGGCCGAACGCCAGGAAACGCCGUCCCAAUAAUGGCUCAGAAGAGCUUGUGCGGCCAUUCUAAAGGUGGUUCAGCUGCAUGGCAGCUUGCUGGAUUAGUCCAGACAAUUGCUACUGGUAUUGUCCCUGGAAACCGGAAUGCUGAUAAUGUCGAUGCCGAUUUCCGCAAGCACGAAUAUCUCAUGUUCCCUUCGAAGACCAUUCAUACAGACGGGAUUCGAGCUGGUGUUAUGUCGUCCUUCGGCUUUGGGCAAGUGGGUGGAACGGUGCUUGUUAUCCAUCCCCGCCAUCUUCUCGGAGCCGUCGACCCUGUACAGUACGAGGCUUACAGAAUUCGCAACCGAGAACGCGCAUUAGCUUGCUAUAAAGCAAUGACCUCAAUGAUGACUACAAACUCGCUGGUCAGGGUUAAGGACGCACCUCCAUACUCAAGCGAGCUUGAAGUUCCUGUACUUCUCAACUCUGCAGCGCGAGCCAUCUUGGAUGAAAAGACGGGAAGCUAUGCGUUCCCGAAGAAACUAAACACAAAAAUUCAAUUUGAUAAGUCCAAUGUUGAGGCUGCGGCGAAAGCACUGGCCAUUGGCGAGGGUUCCAUUGGCGUCGGUGUUGACCAUGAACUGAUCUCGGCUGUUCCUUCUUCCAACUUGACAUUCGUCUCGCGGAACUUUACCGAUGCCGAAAUUGCGUACUGCCACUCUCAGCCAGCACCUGCGGCGUCCUUUGCCGCACGCUGGGCCGGGAAGGAAGCAGUGUUCAAAUCACUCGGAGUUGCGUCAAAGGGAGCAUCGGCCGUUAUGAAAGACAUCGAGAUUCUUCCUGACUCCCUGGGUGUACCGUCGGUCACGCUCCACGGUGAUGUGCUGGCCGCUGCAGAGAGUAAGGGAGUUGCGAAGGUACUCUUGAGUCUCAGCCACUCGGAGACCGUCGCGAUUGCCUUUGCUCAAGCAGUCUCUUCUUAAACAUUCUUUUGUGCAAUGAUUGUAGAUUAGAGGGGUUUCUUUUCUUUCGCAUGCAUGACACGUCUUAGAGAUUAAUGCUUUAUUAUUUCAUAAUUGGGACUUUUUUCAAUUCUGUAUUCACGAACCAAACAAUAGAGAUUGAAACAUCUUCUGCAUACAACGUCUACGACGUACUUAUACCAGGCCAUAAAGGUUUGCUUCUUCGAUAUAGUCACCGAUUCGUUGUGGAACCAUAGCGCGCCAUUGUUGGCUCCGCUCCACUCUCUGCCUUCGAACCUCCGUGGAACUCAGAGUCAUCUCAUAGUCGGUCAAAAUUGUGAAUGAUACGCUUCCUGAUACAACGAAUGGCUGCGCAAUCGACAAUGUCUCUUGCAUCUUCUUCUGGCUCUCUGAGAUGGGUGUUUCUGCCUGUAACGGAGUCUGCCAGGAAUUUAUUCCAUCUAGCUUUUCACCUCUCCAAGCACAGACAACUUCUGAACCGUCUCCAUCUGGGGGCGGUGCAAAGAAUUUGCGAAGUGCUAUGUGCAUUUCCUCAAGAGAGUUGCUAUAAUAACGGGGCGCGAGGAAUCGUUCGAGAGUAUCGAACCCCAUUAUGAACGACAGCUUUACUUGAGCGUGCCGCGUGUUUGUGGUUUCUCUUUCUGUACCUUGUGCUGUGGUGGAAUCGAGUCCAGUAAUACGAUCUUGCAAAAAUCGUCGAAGAGCGAUGGACUUCUGCACGAAGGUGGGUUCGUCAAUGAUAGCAACUGCAACAUUGCCUUCUGUCGGAGAAGGCGACAUGCCAUCAGAAGAGGAGCGAGAGGAUGAUGUAUCUUCAAGUUCCUGUGCGAGAAGUACCAUCAUGUCCAGUCGCUGCUCAUAUGUUGCUUCUCCUGGUUUUGGUGCUGCCUUAUCGGCGUUCCGUACAGAGAGCAGGAGCAGACGCGCAUCAUAGUCAUGACGACUGCCA